AUGAGGUACAGGAACGAUAUUCUACUUAAUAACACUUUUGGGGGUCACUGUGAUCUGGACAAGGUUGGACUGGACGCAGCAAUGACGUCACCACAAAUAAACAAGCGGCCACUGGCCUCAUGGAUGAGAGAGAUGGAACAUUUCACAUCUCUUCCCACGCAGCCAUUGGCUACUGGUGAAUGUGACGUCAUCAUCGAACGACCAACCAUCAUUAUCAAAAUGGACGAAGAAUACAACAUAUUUCAUCAUACCUGCGUUUUCAUGAACCUCUACAUCAGCCUACACGUCAACAACUCCUUCUCCAACGACGUCAACAUCCUUGUGUGGGACACGAGUCUUUUUGAGCUCCGGGGGUACAUGACGGAGAUACGUGACGCGUUCACCCGACAUGACGUCAUGCUGCUGAAACACUUGGACGGGAAGAGGGUUUGUUUUCAGGACGCCAUCUUCUCGCUUCCUGCUCGGAUGAUGCUCGGAAUUUAUUAUAACUUAGCACCGGUCAAGGGGUGCAAGACAAGCGGCUUGGUGAAUGCGUUCUCGGAGCAUGUACUGCACAAUCUAAAUAUUCAACAAACAGGCCCCUUGGUGGACAAGCUCAGGGUGACAUUUCUCGUCAGAAGUACCAAAAUCCGGCGAAUCCUAAACCAGGAGGAAAUGCUUGCUGGCUUACAACGACUCUCUGACUUGGAGGUACAGAUGGUGGAUUUCAAUAAGUCAAUACCGUUCAUAGACCAGCUACAGAUUAUCCACAACACUGACCUGUUCAUCGGCCUCCACGGCGCAGGGCUGACGUACAUGCUCUACCUACCAGACUGGGCGACCGUCUUUGAAAUUUACAGGUGCGGCAUCGACGACAUGUACCCUGACCUGGCCAGGAUGAGAGGCAUCAACUACAUCACCUGGGAGAACAUUGAGACCCUCAUCCCAGAAAAUAAGACUGUGUUGCCUAACUACACUAACUACAGCUUCGACGUAGAAGAGUUUGUGAGACUGGUUCGUGUUGCAGCAGAUCAAGUGACUUCGCACCCUGACCUCAUCAAAGCAAGACAUCAUAAAUAUAGGGAGAAGGGCGAACUUUAAAUGAGAGUGAGUGAGUGAGUCGGGUUUAAAGCCGGGUUGAAAAGUCUCCAGUUAUAUCACGGCGUGUCAGCCCGAAGUGAUGCAGGUCUCAGACGUUUACCACUUCGGUGAAACCCACGAGCACGGGUAUGGUGCUGAUAAACCUAGAAACAUAAUCGGGGCGAACCAGGAUUCGAACCCAAGAUCAUAGAUUUUGGCACGACCAAGGGAGGCAGCUCUGCACAUCUAAAUGCGGCGCCUGAGACCUUUGGCCAACCGUGCCCCUAAUCUACUGAAGAACUAAUCUACUUUGUAUUCCAGAUUGAGGUAUUGUUCCUACGUUGUUCCAAACUGUUUUUAAGAUCAUCAUUAUACUGAUGCCAAGAUCCGCUAGAUUUUGAUAUUCUGCAUCAAUAGCUUCUUGAGAGUCCAUUUAGUUCGAUUACCGUCAUUGAGAUACAUUGUAUGCCCCUGUUUCGAAUCCAAUGGACCAGGUGACCACAAUAUGUGACUUGGCUAAUAGUGCUUUAGUAUCCCCGGACUGCAUGGAUCCGUGCUCAUGCUAUCAACCACUGGUUUGCCUGGCCCAGAUUCGAUUACUAACAGGCUUUCGAUGAAGGUGGAAUAUAACCGACAGCCGAGAAAAACAGAAUUCACACACUCAUCGUUGAAAGAUGAAGGGAGCCUACCAAUGUCUCUUUUAUUGAUACACUGCCGGGUUAACGAAAGUACUAGUAUACGCUUGACCAAGACAUAACAAACGUUAUUAGGCUGAAACUAGUCGCCAAAACACUGAAAAAAUUGGAUCCAAAACACAAACUGCCGGACAAAAGAGAGUAUACACUAACCUCACUCUGCUCAUCAAGGUGUACGGUGAAAUUACGACCCCCA